GGAGCUUGCGAAAAGAUGUUUUUCACUGUAUGGGGCGGGCCUUAGUGGAUGAUGGAUACGUCUGCUUUGCGCCCUCACUAAAUCUUCGGUGUGGACUGUAGUUGAGAUUUUUGGAGGCUGAGGUAGUGGGACAUUCGCUAUUUUUUGGAGCGCGAGUCCACAUUUGGGAAAGUCUCCUCAUACGCAUCGUUGGAGAUUAACAACAGGUUGAUUUGUCACCAUGACAACAGAAGCGGGCUCUGAGACGGAGGUGAAGGAGAAAGCUGAGGAGUCAGCCGCUGAGCCCGACCAAUCGGAGAAGGCCACGGAAGAUUCCCAGGAAGUAGCAAACGCUGAAGUAGAGGAGAAGGAAAGAGCAAAGGUGAAGGAAAAAGAGGGGAAGGAAGGCAAAGGAAUAUCUCGAUACCUGCCAACAUGGCUUAAGAAGCAGAAGUCUCAAAGCCAGACCUCCCCAACGAAGGAGGACCCCCCUACAGAGGAACCUGUUAGCGAGGUGACACAGGAAGAGGAAGGGCCUACCCCAGAAGUGAACGGUCACGCUGAGGAAGUGGAAGAGAAGGAGGAAGUCAAGUCUGAGCAAGUGAAGGAAAGAGAAGCAGAAACUCAUUCCAACGCCAGUGCAGACACUGAGCCUGCCAAGGAAGAGAAGGUGGAAGAGAGUGCAGAGAAAAGUCCAGAAGAGACCAAGGAGACAACAGAGGGAGAAGGAGCAGAGGAGGGGACGAAGGAGAAGGAGGGAGCAGUGGAGGCUGAAGGGGAGGCAGGAGAAGGCCAGACCUCCAUUUUCCAGUCUCCUCUUCGUCUGGUGAGAAAGAACAAGAUGAAGUUGGUGGUGUGUCACGUGACCCUGCUGGAUGGGACUGACUUCACCUGCGAGGUGGAGAAACGUGCCAAGGGUCAGUACUUAUUCUUUAAGGUGUGUGAGCACCUUAAUCUACUGGAAAAAGACUACUUUGGCCUGACAUACAAGGAUAACCAUGACCAGAAGUGUUGGUUGGACCCCACUAAAGAAAUUAAAAGACAGAUACGCAGUAACAACUGGCAGUUUGCAUUCAACGUCAAGUUCUACCCUCCUGACCCAUCCCUCCUCACUGAAGACAUUACAAGGUACCUUUUGUGUCUGCAGCUCCGUGAAGAUGUGGCUUCUGGACGGCUGCCUUGCUCAUUUGUAACUCACGCUCUGCUGGGCUCAUACACGUUGCAGGCAGAAAUUGGCGACUAUGAACCUGACCAGCCUCGCCCUCUGGACUUCAUUAGUCAGUUGACCUUCGCACCAAAUCAGAACAAAGAAAUGGAGGAGAAGAUUCUUGAGCUCUACAAGUCCCACAGGGGAAUGACACCAGCACAGGCUGACACCCAGUUUCUUGAAAAUGCCAAGAAACUGUCCAUGUAUGGCGUGGACCUGCACCACGCUAAGGAUUCAGAGGGUGUGGACAUCAUGCUUGGUGUGUGUGCCAACGGACUCUUAGUCUAUAAAGACAGGCUUCGGAUAAAUCGCUUUGCUUGGCCCAAAAUACUCAAGAUUUCAUACAAGAGGAACAACUUCUACAUUAAAAUCAGACCAGGAGAGACGGAGCAGUUUGAGAGUACAGUGGGAUUCAAACUCGAGAAUCACCGAGCUGCCAAAAGGCUGUGGAAAGUCUGUGUGGAGAAUCACAGUUUCUUCAGGUUAAAUGCACCAGAGCCUCCUACCAAGGCCCGCUUUUUGACUCUGGGCUCAAAGUUUCGUUACAGCGGGCGAACUCAGGCCCAAACCCGCAUGGCCAGUUCCCUCAUAGACCGACCGGCGCCCAGCUUUGAACGCACGUCUUCAAAACGCAUCAGCCGCAGUUUGGAUGGAGCACCAAUGAUCAGCAUAACUGAGGCUGGCAGAGAAUCAGCUGGGAACGGACGCGAGCCUCACCUGGAGCUCCACUCUGACUCAAAGGUUACGGUGGUGGACGUAAGCCCUGGCGAUGCAGAGGCCAUGCCCUCCCAGCACUCACCUGGAUCCAGUGAACUUGGCCCCCCUCAGAGUUCGUUGAGAGUGCAUGGGGACAAUAUUUAUGUGAGGCACAGUAAUUUAAUGUUGGAGGACCAUGAUAAGACCCAAGAAGAGGUUCUGAAACACCAAGCUAGCAUUAGCCAGCUAAAACGCUCCUUUAUGGAAGCUCCACCUCCCUCUCCUCCUCAGCCCAACCAGUGGGAGAAACGGCUCACCUCCUCUCCUGCUACGAUACGUUUGCAACAGCAACAAGUGAGUCUUGCAGAGGAGAUAGCGUCAGUUCUUUUCAGUAGACACACUGACAUUGGACUUGAUUCAACUGCUAAGGCUUCCUGCAUUUUUCCUGAACCACCACUAGAUGCUGUUAAAACUACAAGUUCAGCUGCUACUUCUUCUUCCGCUGCUGUCUGCAGUUUUUCUGCACCACAAAGGCCUCUUGCAACCCUAUCUACCGCCCUCUCUGCCACUGAGGUGAGUGUGCCCCAAACAGAAGCAGCAACAGCUGAUAACGCGAUCUCUGAUACCAAAGAACCCGCAAAGACAACCGAGGUUGAAAUCGAGGAAACUGUUGUCGUCCAAGAGAUUUCCAGAGCUCCCAAACCUGGACUUGUCACAGUUGCAGCCAGUACCCCCGCUGCUCCUUCUGCAGAGCAGGAAAUGAGGGAACAGGAAGUGGAAGUUCAAGAGGAAGCGGUGGUAGUUGAGGAAGCAAAGCCGAGGAAGGAAGAGAGCAUUUCAUCUGAGAGCGAGAGUGAAGAAGAAGCAGAGUACCAUCCAUAUCUCCCUGUGUCCAUCUCUCACACACAAAUACCUGAGGAGAAGGAAGAGGAAGAAGAGCAGGAGAAGCAAGAGGAAGAUAAGACGCCAGAGCUACAGGUGUUGGCUUCAGAUGCUUCUUCUCUUCCAGCUGAAGUCAUCCAGCCUGCAGAAGAAACCCGUCGAGAAGAAGUGGAGUCCAAGAAGGAGGACGACACAGAGACAGAGAAGACAACAAAUGCCGAGGAAGAGAAAGAAGUUGAGCGUGAGACUGAGGAGAGCACAGAUGAUCCGAUGGUGACGCCCGAUGAAGCUCCUAACGGCCUCACCCUGCCUGAGGAGGGUGUGACUGUAAUGGAUGCUCGUGCAGAAGAAGAGGAGGAGCCUAAAAUGAACGGAGAGCCCUCGCUCACUGAAGCAGAGCCGCUGCCACAGGUUAUUUGUUGCUCUGAGCCGCCUGUGGUAAAGACAGAAAUGGUGACUAUAUCAGACACGUUUGCAGCCCAGAAAACCGAGAUAGCCACUAAAGAAGUGCCCAUCGUACAUACGGAAACCAAGACCAUCACAUACGAGGCUGCGCAGUUGGAUGGUAAUGGUGAUGGUGAGCCUGGAGUGUUGAUGACUGCUCAGACAAUCACCUCUGAAUCUUUGUGUACUACAACAACCACACAUAUUACCAAGACGCUAAAGGGCGGUCUAUCAGAGACGAGGAUUGAAAAACGCAUCGUCAUUACUGGAGACUGUGACAUCGACCACGACCAGGCACUGGCCCAGGCCAUUAAGGAGGCCAAAGAGCAACAUCCUGACAUGUCUGUUACCAGAGUGGUGGUUCAUAAAGAAACUGAGCUGGCUGAGGAGGAUUGACUGAACUCAGAGCUGAAGGGCCCGUCAUGACUGUUUUUUCUUUGUCGAACGACCUUCAUCACCCACGACGAUCAGCCUUGACUGACGGGAGAGGAGGAGGAGGAGAAGAAGAGGAGCUUAAAGAACAGGGAGAGAAGGGUUUGACAAAUGGACCGAAGUUGCCACUCUCUUCCUUUCUUAUUGUCUGUGGUGCGAUCUAAAUCCCUCACUGCAAAACCAAGAAAAAGAAAAAAAAAAUCUCUCAUUGUUUCUGAGGGAACAAAAAGAACCACUUUGUUAGCAUAACAAUUGUAGCUUUUAAUUUUUUUUUUUUUAGUUGUGCUUUUUCUGUAACUGUUUUAUAAACAGAUGAUAGCAUGUUUGUCCUCUAUCACAAAGAUGAAACUAGGGAUGCACUGAUAACCAAUCUGGAUGAAACUGUAUCCUUGCAUUGAUCAUUUUGUACCAGUACUGAUGACCUUCAGCUAACGUUUCUUACAAAAACAGCACGCUGAGAUGCUCAAGUAGAGAAAGCUUUUUAUCAUAACAGUGAGGUUAUGCACCUGUACUUGGGUUCCGGUGCAUUGGCAUAGAAAGGUAACUUGUUAAAUUACAGCUCCCCCUCUUGCUUCAUGGUGAUGUAAAUGGAGAGUAAUAUAAUAGUUUAUAAGGAACAUGAAGGAAACAGGAUGUCACAACUUGGUCUGCUCUUUUUUUUAAUUAAUAUAACACACUCACUCUCACAUAUUCACAGGUGAAUGGUAGAAACGUUGCACCUCACAUUAUCACUUCUACUUCCUGAUCAUUAGAGAAGAGCGGGAGCUGUAACUUCAACAUCUGCAGGAGAGUCAUCCAGGUCUUUUGGUUCUGUUAUUUCUUUUUUUUCCUGUAUAGUUAUUAUUCAUCCACAUUCCUUGUGUGUGCAGCCGCGUGAGUGCAUUUUCAGUUCAAUUCACUUUUUUUUCUAAACUGGAAGAAGAGACGGGUUUUGAACAUUUUAAAUAGGGUCGGCUAGCUUCAGCAGUAGUUCGAAAAUGUAGGUGGAAUACAUUCCAUCAAUUUUACAGUUUUAAAAUUUUUUUAAGCUAAACUGAAGGUGGAUUUGAACUGAAAAUGACAACUUCUGCACAGUAAAAAUGAAGGUUAUCAAUGGGAGCAGCUUUUUACUCCCCAGGCUCGUCCACUGUACGACACUAACCAUUCCCGCUGGGCCUGAGGGGGAGCGAGGGAGACAUAAACUGACUUUGGAUUGGGAGACCGGAGCUGUAAAGUGAAGGAUAAUUGGGAGAUUGCCCGAUAAGUACCAGGGAAUAAAAGAGAAUUUGAAUAAUAAUGCAUGUUUUCUUGCAUCCCACAGUGAAGUAUUUUAAUAUUCUGAAGGCUUAAUGCAUAAUGCAAAAUUAAUACUGCUAUUUAAAUUAUUCAGAAUGAGUUUUGUGCUCCAACUAGCACAGGUACCAAAAUGAGGAUGACUUGAAAGGAGCUCAGACUCAAAUUAAUGCAGCCUGCUAACUCUGCCAAGGAGCCCGUUUGCCGCCGUAGUUCAGCUCAGUUCAUCGCCGGCUUCUUUUCAUACCUGCUUGAUAUGAUAGAGUAUGGGAUUAAAUUCAGCAUGUCUUCACGCAGUUUAAUCCUCCAGGAGUCUCGAGUGAGUCUAGGUAGGACGCUACCACGUCAAUUGGUUUGAGAGCGUGUGGACUAUCUCUGCUCAUACAGCGCGUCGGGCUGCUUUGUAACUGUUUCACUACAGCUAAACGUUUCUCUGCAUGUUCUUUUUGUUUUUAUUUUGGUUACAUUUCAUUCAGCCGAUUUCCACGUUGUUCACCACAAAAAAACCACAACGCUCUGAAUCUGUCACCACACUUCAAACUGAGGCAAAAAAAAACAAAAGUUACAACGCACCAGCCAAAAUGCAGCUUAAAGGGAAGUGUAUCAGAGGGUUUGAAGUGCUCUUGAAACCCCCUAAAUGGAAACUCAUUAUGUUUUAUUCAUUUUCUGUCCUUUUACUCUGCAAAAAACAAAAAAAGAAAGUGAACUAAAUUGUAGCUUUGUGUAAAUAUUGGGGGCAUUAAAUGUGCUAGGUGCUUGGUCUUGUGCAUUUACUUUGAUGCGCAUUUUUAGCAUAAGCAGCAAAAAGGCAAAGUCAUGUUCUCCUGAAAUUUAGCUGAUUGUAAGUGAAGAAGUGCCACUGACUUAGUAUAAUAAACAUUCCACCUUAGACUGGUCUGGAUUAAUCUACGUCUCCCUCUUUGACUGGACGUGUUUUAAAUGGGAGACAAAAGGAUAUUUUAUUUCAUUUUUAGAAAUAAAAAAGGAAGAAAAAACUGCUAAUCAGCUUUUUAACUUGAUGAGUAAUCACUGCCCAAUUUGACCCAUUUUAAAACUUUUGUAGUUAAGCGUGCUCAUCAAACUGAGAGCUGAAGCUUUUUUUAAAUCAGGAAACGCAGGUCUGAGCUCUACUAUGCAGUUAAAUGACAUUCCACGAGGGGGAAGCUUUAACCUCGAACCCUCUUGUAAAGAGACAAAGCAGCAGAAAAGCUUUUUUUUUUUUCUUUAUAAAAAUGUAAACCGUGCAACACUAGGCAGCUUUGGAAGCUUUUGAUGUUCCAAAAAACAAACAAACAGAAAAAAAGCCUUUGGUAAUAUCACAGUGACCACAUUUGUAGAUUUUUCUUUUUCAUAAUUUCUCAUCUUUUCUCUGUGAUCUAGUUGUUUAAAAGUGGGAUUUCUUGUUCCCCCUCCAUUUUGCAUAUUUGUAAAAUUGUUGCAGUGUCGUUGUUUUUUUUUGAAAACCACUACAAAUGGAAAUUUCUGCCACUGUUUUCCUUUUUGUACGUUUAGCCCCAGCUUUAACCGCUUUUCCGGGUUCUUCUGGGCUCUCUUAACCAAUCACAUGAGCUUUGAGGCUGCGGAAUCGGAUUUUCCCAAAUGUGUCAUGUUACGUUAGGUUACACCAAGAAAAGUUUUACCAACCUCUACGCCUGUGAAUCCACAUCAGAGAACGUUAAAUCCACAUGGUGUCAUAGCAGGUUCUAAUUGGAGGAUCCUCUGAACACUUAAAUCUCAGGCUUUGUUUCACACUCUGGAGAAAUGGGAAACCAGCACAGUUUUUAUAUUUUAUUAAUAAAAUAAAACUCACACAAACAAAGGAAACUUUACAGAAACUCAUUUUGGAAAACCUACCAACUGCCUCAUUGCUCUCUGUUAGCUAACCAGUGAUCACCAGUAGGGUUUUUUCUGUCUAGCAGCUUAAAUGUCUUGUAUCUCCCCCCACACAGCCACUCCUCCCCCCCUGUGUAACACUGUUUAAAUAAAGGAUUGUUAUACUCGC